UAUUUUGUUUUCGGAUUUGUUAGUGUUUUCCAAUUUGUUCGUUUGUUUUCGGAUUUGUUAAUGUGUUUUGCACUUUUCGGUCACUGUAAUAUAUACAUAUAUAUUUGAUUAACUUUAUCCUUCUACACCUUCUCUCAUCUCCCUUUUUUCUUCUCUCCUCUUUCUUUUGUCCCUCCUCUCCUUUCUUCUCUCCUCUUCUCUCCCUAUUGGUUAUUGUGUUGAUGCAGUUUUCUAUCUCUGACCUCUAUGGCGUUCCAUAGUUAGCAACCUGUUUCAUGACUCGGGGCUUUUUGUUUUGUUUUGUUAGGGUUUUUUGUAUUUUUUAAUAAAUCAAUGGCGGCUGUUUGAGACGUUCAUUUUGGACAUGUUUCCUUUAUAAAAAAUGUUUGUGUUCUCGGAAAAAAGAGUGGGGAAACUUUGCUGGCGAGCGCGAAAUAACCAACAUUCCGGUCAGAAAUCGGAAGUUGAAACACGGAGCCCGAAAACUGCAACCCUUCAAUUUUCAAUCAAUCCAGAAACACGUAUGGUUUUAAAGACAAUAAACUGGUCCCUACAUUCAGAAGCAACAGUAUUCUUGUUUUACUCCAUUAUCUGAAUCUUGGGUGCAAGACAAUGUGGAACAAUGGAAGAGUGAAAGUUGAUCUUUUUUGAAAGUGAGAAAAUGUGUUAAGGACAGAAUCCAGCCUACUAUACAACCUUAUGACGUUUGGAAUAAUGGAUUUCUACAAGGAGCCGAGUGACGGCGAGUGGGAGAAGACCUCAGCAGGAACAAGGGCGUCUUUAAACAUAAUCGAGAGACAACAUCAUUCCAUUUUAGUGCUGAGUGAUCUGGAGGAGUCCGAAAGGGUGGGACGUGUUUGCCGAGCUCAGAAAUAUCAGUUGGUUCGCAGGCCUAAUGACACAGGUUUGAAUGUUAAUCAUUGCGGUGCCGAUCCGAUCAAAGACACAAAGGAAGUAUCUGAUACGAUGCAUGACUGCACAGUCUGUGGUGCGGAACACAGUUGCAGAGCCGAACUUAAAUUACACAUGGAGGAUCAUAAGGGCAGUCAGGGCUAUAAGAUUAGGAGGGGAUUACCUGGAACCAAAAAGAACCAUGGUGCUGAGAAAGAGGUGCAGACUUCUUCAGAUCUCAAAAGUACACAACUGGCAAAUCAGGAAACACGAUUUUCCUCGAGGAAAAAGUAUAUGUGUAAUCUGUGCGGUGCCGAAUAUGUAAACAGGGCUAGGCUCAUUACUCACAAGAGGAUCCACACGGGAGAAACGCCGUACGUGUGCAAGCUCUGUGGAAAGGGCUUCAGACGCAGUGACUGGCUAGCAAAGCAUAUGAACACGCACAAAGACAAAAGCCAGGCGUCUCCAGAUCACAUGUGCAAGCAGCACGUUUGCGACUACUGUGGGAAGAGGUACAAACAAAAGUCUUCUCUUCAAGCCCAUUUGCACGUGCACACGAAGAAACCACGCGCGAGGCCUUCCCAAUGCGCCAUAUGCAAGAAGCAUUUCUACGACAGAUCCAGCCUCGAAAAGCAUUUAAUGUGCCAUUCGGAUGACCGGCCGUACACGUGCUCCGAAUGCGGAUACGGCUUCAAGCGCCUAGGAACUCUUAACAAGCACAAGCACAUUCACACAGGGGAAAAACCCUAUUCGUGUGGCGCCUGUGGGAAAUCUCUUUCCUACAAAUACAGCAUGUCGAUGCAUAUGAAAACCUGUCGCCGUUUGCGAGAUCGUACUUGAUUUGAACUAAUUUAUUUAACGUACAGCAAUUUUGACAUCCUCACCACUAGUUUCUCCAUACAGGAGGCGUAUGUAGAAUGCUUUUGUACGAAGUAUUAAAUACAUAGUGUUCAAUAUUG